AUGUGCAUCAUAGUACUAAUUCCUCUAACAAUAGUUUGCUCUAUCAAAAUUUUUCAAAACGCCUAUAACAACUAAUAGUUAUAUUCGGUCAAAGAUAUUUUGGAAAUAAAUCCUAGAAAAGUGGAUAGGUAUUUAAGAUUUUUAUCAGAAAAUAUUGAAAAUUUUUAUUACAAUUACCAGCUAAAUGGUUAAGGUAUUAGCUUCGAAAAUAUUUAUAUCACUCAUAUCGCAUAAUGUAGCUAUAAAAAUUGCUUUUGCUCUCAAAUUUCUAAUGUGGAAAAUGAAGUUCUAGAAAAAAAAGAAUUUGUCAAACAAGAAGAGAGGAGGUCAUUUAUCUUAAAUUUUGGAGAUCAAAUCAUUUCUCAAUUCUUAAAGUCAAGAAUGAUUAACUUAAAACGAAGUUCGAUGAUGAGACUAGCAUUUACUCAUAUAUGUUUUAUCACUGAAGUUAUGCAGAUGGAGGCAAAGGCUCAUUUUACUAUUCACUUCUUCAAAAAUUAAAUUUUGAAAAAUAAAGGAAUAAGUAUAGAGAUGUAUUAUUUAGAAGUUCUACAAAGAAGGUUGCAUUAGCAAUUUCAAAGCAAAAAAAUACAAAAACCCGUUGAGUUUUUUAAUGUACUUAAUAUCAUAGAUUACGAUAAUAAUAUAGCUAGAUGCAAGUACAUAUUAUACAAUUACUUGCUUAAUAUCAGAAUGUAUUAUGAUUAUCUUUGCAGUCACAAUAUUAAUCUGCAGGAAUUAUUUACCAAAUCAACCAAGCUUAUUCAAUCAAAUCAUUUUUUAGUUGAUAAUUUAUAAGACUUAUUUUCUUUGAAUCCAGAAAAUGCAGAGCUACAAUUCCUUGCAUCAAUUUACACUACGCUCCUUGACUAUGAAAAUAGAAAAUUCGAAAAAUUUAUACAUAUAACACCAGCACAAAAAAGCUCUAACUAUCUAUUUAGUUUAAGGCAAUAUUUUCAAGACGAUUCAUGCGUCGUAUAUUCCACUUUCAUGAAAAACGUUAUCACAAUAUAAAAGGUUUCUAAGUAAUUUGAAAUACUUUUUAAAUUUAGCAAAUUAUCAAUUAAAGAUAAAUCAAUUAAUUUCCUCAUUCCUUCAUACUUCUAAGCUGAUCACGAAGACAUAAUAGACAUAUUUCGUAACAAAGGAUAAAUGCAAAUUCUUGUUAAAGAGAGAAGACUAAUUUUUGCUUAAGAUGGUUAAGGCUUUUUACUACCUUUAUAUAUUAUACUCAAAAUAGAAAAUUAAAUUAACGACUUUGGUAUAAGCGCAUUAUUUAAGAGGGUUGAUGUCACAAAAGAUUACAUAUUUUUAAAAGAAGACAAUUAAAUCCUUGAUAUGACAGAAAAUAUUUUUAAAGUAAUAUUUUAGGCUAGCAAUCUUACAAUUAAUGAACUGAGAGAGAACUUUGCUUUACAACUUAUUCCAUUAUUGUGGAUUACUGAAGAAGCUAAAGAAUAUGGGAUUGAAUACAACACAAUUUUGGUGGUUUGUUAAUCUUUUUUAUAGGAAAUGAGUGGAACAUAGUAUAGUUCUUUAAGCAAAAGAAAGUAAGUAAAAGAGUUGCUUUACAAUGUCUUAGAUUAAAGUGAAGAAUCAUUUUAUUACAAUAUAAGCUUUAAGCAUUGUGUAUAUCAUCUUUCCUAACUAAAUAAAACUUAUAAGUAUAUUGAAAUAAAUUACAUACACGAAGAAAAAAGCUAAUCAAAUUUAGAUCUUUCUCUCCAUUAUUUAACUAGGGGAUUAAACGAUUUAAUUGCUAAAAAGAUUAUUUAGAGUAAAGAAUCGACUUAGUUGAGGCUAUUUAAGAGGAAAUAAGACACAGAAUAAACCCAUACUAUUACUACUAUUUAUGAAAAUUAAUAAUCUCGUAGUGAUUGGGGUACAUAAAAGCAUAGAAAUUCAAUUACUACCCCUGAAAAUAAAAAUAUUAAAAUUGUACAUAGAAAAAGUUUUCUCUCAACCUACGCUUAGAAUAAUACACAGCAAAAAACCUAAAAAUUAUAGGAACAAGAUUAAGGGAAUAUCGAAUCAAUCACUUAGAGAGAACUAAAUGUAACAAAUGCGGAUUUAUCUAUUGCUGAUUAAACACUGAGAUUUAUCAAUAAGAAUGAGCAAUUAGCAGAAAAUUCAUUACAAAUUAAUCAUAUUGAAGUUCAUAAUUAGUUUAAUGAACAUUUAAAUUUUUCACAAAGAAAUUUAAUUUCUCAAAACCAGGAAUCGUUUUACCUUAGUCCUCUUUAUUAGUAACAAGCAAAGUCAAGUAAUUCUCCAAAAGCAGAUAAAAAUUAAACAAAAUAACAAGAAGAUCUAGCACAGAAAUAGAACAGUAAACAAAAAAACUUAUCCUUAGAAAAAUAGCUUAGAAAAAAACUAAUACAAGAUAAGUUUUCUGCUGCUGAUUUAAAAAAAAUUGAGGAGGAAUACAUAUUAAAUUAUUAAAAAAAUCCUAUUGGAAUUUAAGAUCAAUUAAAAGAUGAAAGCAAUAAUAGAAGCAUUUUAGAUUUUACAUAUAAUUAAGAAGAAGAUAACAACAGCAAUGAUGAUGAGGAAUCUAUCAAUUCAGAAAAAACCAAAAAUGAGAUUGAUUUAAACUAGAAAGAUAAGUUACAAGAAAAUAAUAAUAAUAAUGACGAAAAAAUAAGCUAAGAAAAAAUGAAUUUAAGGAGAUGCAGCAUUUAGAUGUAAAUAAAUAUUGAAAAUAAUUAUAAAUAAGAUGAAAGCGAACAGAUUUCACCUACUUUACUCAGAAAUGAUCAAGACAAAUCAAAGAGAAAUUUGUUAUCUUUAAAACUAAUUAAUUUGAACAACGAAGAGCAGAAUUAAAAGUAAGGAUAAGAAAGGCUCAAAUUAAACAGCCAUGAUAAUGAUGAUGACGAUAAUAUCACUAUCAGUGAUUAGUAGAGAUUGCAAAUUUAGCUGAGAAGAUCUGCUACAUAGUCUAGCAAGAUUUCAUCAAACCACUCUUAAAAAAAGAAUAUCAUAUUGAAGAUAAAAUCUUAGAAAAUAGCUAGAUUCUUAGUUAUUAUGAAAUUUAUAUGCUUUUUAUCGCUUUUAGCAUUUCUUCUUAGCACUCUUAUAAUGUAUAUCAACUCAUAAAAUUCGCUUUUAGAUUUUUAGGAUGUUUUAGUUUACAUUGACAUGCCUAUAUUUAUCGUUUCAGAUGUUUUAAAAAUAAUUAAAUCGACAACUUAUAAUUAUUUGGUCAAAGUUGCUUAUGAUACUGUUUUUGAUGACUCAGCUUAGGAUACUAUUAUCGAUCAAGCCCAAAAUUCUAGAUAGGAUGCAUAGAAUACGUUAGAAAGUUUUUCAAAAUUGUAUUUAAAGCUUCACGAUAACAUGGACUACAGCGAUAAGACAGUAGUUUUUUUAAGCACAUCGUACACUUAAAUUGAUUUUUUUACAUUUGGGAUGCUUUCAUAAGAAUAAUUUGAUGAUUUUAAGAAUUUGGAUGCCUAUACAAAAGAAACAAAGAUAGUUAACUAUUUUGACUUAGUAACUUAAUAUUAUUCUAACAUGUACAAGUAUAUUGUCACCUACGAUUAAUACAUUUAAAACAUUAUCGAUGGGAUAAGCAAUGUUUACUCAUACGAGAUGAAUGCAAAUUUUUUAUGGAUGAAUUUAUCUAAUUUUACCGAUCAAAUGUACAAAUUUAAUUAGUUCGUAAGCUAAUAUGUCCAAAACUCAUUUUAAGAAUAAGAAGAUUUUCAAAUAUAUGUAAUGACAGUGAUUUUAGUUGUUUGCUGUGUGUCUAUAUUUUCAGUUAUCCCACUGAAUGCAACUAAAUAAUAUAGCAGAGAAAAGAUACUCAAACUAUUUGGCUCAUUUCCUCCUUAAACACUAAAUAAAUAAAUUUAAAAUAUUGACAAUACUAUCAAUUUAUUAGAUCAAAAAUUUUCACAAGAGCAACUUGCUGGAUAGCUUUUUAGUAAUUAAGAAGCAAAAAAUUAAGAAAAUUCUUAAAUGAAUUCAAACAAAAGAAAAAAAAGUAGAAAACAAACGAGAAUCGAGAUAAAACAACUUAAGUAAACACAAUUAAUGUCAGGUCUCUCACUUAAUUCUCAAUAAAUUCAUCAUUAACUUUCUCAUACUCAAUUUCCCUUUUCCUCUCAACAACUCAAGUCAGAAUAAUAGCUUGAUCAAUCAUAAAUUUUAAACUAAAGAAACAACAACAAAAGAAACAGAUAAAUAGCCUCUUUUAAAGGACUUCCAAAAUUUUAAGUGCGUAUAUUUUUCAUAGCUUUAGUAAUUAUAAGUGUUUUGAUGGUGUAGCCUACAAUUACAAUUAUAUUAACAAAAACUUUUAUUGAUGAAUAAAGAACAUUAAUCAAGGAAAAAACAAUUAUUCUUUAAACACUUGAAUAAGUUGUUUAAAAUGUAGCAUCUCAUUAUGCUUUAUUUGAUUUUAUUUCAAGAGGAAAAAUAGCUAAAGAAACAAUAUAUUUUUAAUAUUUGUCAUCUGUUAGCAAAAAAAAUAACUAAAGACUUCAAAAUCUUUCUUCUUUAGUUUCCUUUUUUUCUUAGGCAAGGAGAGACAAACAUUUGUUUGAAGAAUUUUAUAAAUAACUACUAAAUGGAGACAUAUGUGAAGUAUAGUAAAAUUUUAAGUAGUUCUUUAAUUCUAGCUACACAGAAACAUAAUGUGAUGAAAUCUUUAAUAACGUCUUACAAAGAGGUUUAAUCAUCUCAACUAAACAAGCAUUUGAUAUAUGGGAUGAUUUAUAAACUAUUUAUGAAUUUUAUGAUUCAGGAGACCCAAAUGAUCCUAACUACUUUGCAAAUGGCUUUUAUGAGUUAGUAAAAAUAAUAACAUAAAACAAUGAUUAUUUGUUUUAAAUAAAUGAUUUAAAUACUUUUCUCAUUUAGUCUCUGGAGGCGAUCAUUUCGUAUUAGAAUUAUAUCUAAAAGGAUUAUGGAGCAUUUAUUAAAAAUACCUAUGAAUACUUAUUCAUCACUCAAUUAAUCAUCAUUUUCUUAGUUUUUUCAUUAGGUUGGCUAAUCCUAUUCAAAUUAUUUAAUGAACAAAUGAUUUAAACUAAGUAAAUAUUUACUCUAUUUCACAUAGAUGUCUUAGCUGAAAAUAAUUUUAUUUUGUAGUAUUUCAAAGACAACAACUUUGGAAUAAAAUGA